AUGGAAGUCCAAUUGGAACGAUUCGAGCAAGAGUUGGGAUUUGAGCUGCUCAAUGCGACCGGGAUCCGGGUUCGUAAAUUCAAUCGCACCUCGUGGAUUUUGGCCGGCGAAGCGGACUUAUUCAUAGAUUUAGGGAAUGAGUACUCAUUCACCGCAACGGUAGCUUACAGUCGUCUCGGCAACAAUCAAUUCAACCAGUAUCCACUGAAGAUUCCCAAGAACAAGAUGUGUGAUGUGGUCAAUGGACCGUACAAAGAGUAUCAAAAUUAUUUCGUAAACUGGACCAAUCUGCCACGGGUGGAGGACAAGCGGAUUUGUCCGUUUCCGAAGGGCCACUACUGGGUCAAGGAUUUCGCUCCCGAAGGCGACUGGAUACCGCCGGUAGUUCCCGUCGGUUACUGGCGGUUGACGUCCGACGUGUUGGAUUCUGAUGGUAAUGUAGCGGUGAGGUACGUUGCCUAUAUGCGCGUCCAGAACAGUAUGCUCUUGUCGUAG